ACGUGCUGCGGCAUGAGCUCCUGUGACCAUCGGUCAUCCUAUCCCGAUCAAGUUUGCAGGUGCUGGAUGCUGAUCUGUGGUACGUCGGGCAUUGUCAGCCAUCGACCAUCGGUUCAAGUCGAGAGUUCAUACUUCAAGGUACACAGUGAUAUAGAACGGGUCUGCGUGCAUUGAGAACGGCUGCGGCAUGAGCUCCUCCUCUGACAAUUGUCAUUCCAUCCAGAUGAAGUUUGCAGGCUCUGGAUGCUGAUCUGUGGUACGUCAGCCAUCGAGCAUGGGCGCAAGUUGAGGGUUCCAAGCACAGAAGAAGCGGCAGGAGGAAACACUACUGGAAGCAAAGUUGUAAAGAGCAACUUCAAAGGAGACGGGGCGACGUAACAAACAUGCAGAUGAGGCAGUGUGUUUGUUUUGUGGCUGAUAGAGGGCAGCAGGGUUCUGAAAGGCGAAGGGUGGGCAACAUCAGGACUGGGCUUGGGGUUUGUUAAAACAGUCAGUGCGUCGGCAGAUUUAGCAGCUGGAAAGAGGAGAGAGAAUUUCAUUGCAAAAUCCCAAUCCCGCCCCGCAUGGCAUGCGACUGUUUGAAUGCUGAACUGCCAAGCAUUGCCACCAGGUGCUUCUGGGUGUUGCUGUGUUGCGUGGGAGGUGAGGCGUUCGAGUGCAGUCUUAAGCAAGUUGAAGCGUUUAGAGCAGGUUGUCGGUAGAUUGUGGUGUUUGCUUUUGCUGCUGUUUGGGAUAUUCGGGUGGAGGAGAGGAAGAGAGUGAGGUCGGUCAGGCAGACCAAUGGCGGAGCUAGAGAGUAGGAGUUGUCCUAUGUCUACGGACUCCGAGGUCUGGGAAGCGGAGUGGCGCAGGUUAUGGUCUUCCAAACUGUCCUUUCAUGCUCUGCUGGAGCUGUUACUGAAGGGAUGGCAUCGUCAAGUUCAGUUUCAUGCAGCAGUGAGGCUGAACAGCAGGCUCGUUGCGGUUCGCAAGCAGGAUGCAAAAGUAGCCGAUAAGGCGCUGCGGGAGUUCCUUGACGCGAAGGGUGAGCGUGUGCUCCAUUGGAUCUUUGUCGAUCACAGUGUUCGGCUCUCAACGUCCCUUGGGAGCAGCAGCAUGGACAUCCUCAAUCUUCUGCAGCCAAUCACCGAGCUGUCAGCGGUAAGGGAGGCCAUGAGGAAGUACGCGGAAGAGAAGCAUGAUGAAAGUUGCCCCAGGAGAGUAGAUAAAGAAACUGGAGUCCAGGAUGUCAGCUGUGCGACUGCGGCUUCCUCUAGUCUCCUCCUAGAGGGUCGGCCGGAGUUAAAGGAGUGCGAGGCUUGUCGUCUUCCAGGGAGAUGGUGCCUCCAUCCUUGCCACCCUCAGAGCUGGGAGGACGAGAUCUAUUACAUGAACAGAAUCCCUGAGAGCGAGCUCACGUGGUAUGAUCCGCGUCCGUAUCCUGAUCAUGCAGAGAAUGACAGAGAUGAUUGGGAAUAUGUGGAACAGCGGUGGCAACCCCUCGAUGACGCAUCGCAGCGCGAGGAUAGCCAUGCAGGGACUGUGAAGUGGGGUGGAGAUCCUCAACGACCGUGGAAGCUGUGGGGGCAGAACUGGGAGAAAAGGGAUGUGCUUAUACCGACGGACCACCAGGUCGGGGCACUCUUGCUGGACUGUGACGUAAGCGUUGCGAUACAGAACCGGAAGAUCUUCAGGUUGGUCGAGAAACGUGUUCUCCCCCACAGCCGAGGAGUGUUUGCCACUGCCUCCUCCUCUGAUCUGCGCCUGGGAGGCCUUCUUCACCUUGUCAGCACCGUUCUUGCUGUCCCCGCGACAUGGGACGUAGAAUUGCGGACCCAGUUCCGAGAAGGUUCCAGCAUCAGGUACUUGAGGACUCGUGUCCUAUCAGCAUUGCUGGCCGGUGCCCGGGCGUCCGAAGAGGUUGAAGAGCUCCCCCCAGAUGCUGGAGGGCUGGAUGACCAGUCCCUCCACAGAGAAAGGGGGAUAGGCAUGCAGGGACAGGCCUUUCGGAUAGAAAGAGGGGUAGACAUGGAGGAGAGGAGCGAGCCGUUGGACGAAAAGAAUAUCGGUGAGGCAAUCAGACAGCUGCACUGCUUGCUGCGGCAACUGAUCUUAGAGAGGGACCAGAUUGCGGAGUUUUCCGUAUCAGUGAAUAGCAUUGAAGGAACUCUGCAUGCUAGGAGGGGCUCCCACCGGAUGGCAGGGUACAGCCCGCAGGAGGAAGAGGAGGACCAUCGAAGUAGAGGACGUAGGCGUGCACAAGGAGGGGAUCACGACGGGUUUGUCGAUGAUGGGGAAGGAGAUAGUGUUGAUGGUUCCUCUUGUGGCGAGAGUGAGUACGAUGAUGCGUAUGACGGGUUUGUGCCCGACUCAGAUGGUUACGAUGACUUCAACACGAUGAUGGAUAUGUUCACUUAUCAGAAUUACUGGGAAGACAAGCUUGGUGGACCGCUCCAGCACUGCGAGCUGAAUAUGGUUGCACGACAAUUCGGCCUGGACCGCCAUCCCCUUGUUUCAGACGAGUACACCUGUAGUUCCCCGCACUGCGAAAGAGAUUGGACGGUGUGGUGCCGGGCAAAGAUGUGUAGUGACUGCUGUCGCAAGUCGCCGCAUGCAAGGGAGUGUGGAGCUCAUUGGUGUCAAAAGGAAGGGUGCAUGGCUGCGCCAGACCUUUGGUGUGUCCGGAGAAUGUGCGCAUCGUGCUGCAAACAGUCGCAGUCAGAGUCCCCUGCCCAGUGUUUGCCUGCUCCACAGUCACACGCCCUGAACGAGGGUGAACCUGUAGGAGAAGAAGAGGUGGGGCACUACGAGGCGAUACAGUGUGAAUACCAUAUCGCAGAUAAGGUCAUGGUGAAUUCCCACAGUCGGUCGUCAGAAUUCCCCGUAGCCUCAGCCUCUCAGGAGCAGGCAGUGACGGAGGCAGCUUGAAGCACACUUUGUGCAUGCUGCGUGCAUGCCGUGUGCCGAAUUCGACCAUCUGUACAUAUUCUGUUCUUCAUCUCUCUCUUCUUCCCCCCACUUCAAUUUCUCUAACCGCCUCCACGAUCAUGUCUGGCAGUUACUCCUCUUCGUCUUUUUUUCUCUUAAUGAGACUAUGAAAGGGCGAACUGACCGGCCCCAUGUGAUUCGGAAUUAUUCCAUUCUGUUCGUAGGGUUGCAUCGGGAUUCGAACUCGGGUCUGUAUUUCGAAAGCUCAUCGGUGUACCAACUUAGAUUAGGCCCGUAGGCGGUGGUCGCCAACUUACCGCCUCGUUUGCUGUCCCCAACUCCCCGCCCUUUUUCUUUUCUUUCUCUUUUUAAUUUUUCGCUUUCUGGGUUUUGUCUGCAUACUGUGGCACAACUGAGACAGAGACCGUUCGCCACCACUCGCUCCGCAUCCUCAUGUGCACACACUGGCAUUAAUCUACAGGCUGGGGCAUUCGACCAUCUCUCUCACGCUGCACAAGACAAUUGGUUGGCGGCGGUGCCUGGCCUUCUCUUCCCCAUCUGGUGUACGGCAGAGUAGACUGUCCAUCGAUGCUAAAGGGACUAAACACAGAAGACUCUUUGAUUCACAUUCCCAGAUUCUGAUUAGCUAGAGCUGGGCACCGGAAUACCAUCUGGGGGAAAGCAAGACUUGGUGGAGUAGGCGCCCGUUCACGGAAGCUGAUGGAUGUCGCAAGGCGUAUGUCCAGAGUCUGCAGAUAUUACCUGUUCUAGAUUGUUAGUAUAGGAACUCCAUAGCAUCCCUGCCUCUUCUGUUGCAUCGUAGCAAGUUGGCACUAUUCUACCCAUUGUGGAUUUUUUUGAAUUUUUCCCAUUUCAACAUUCACCUAUGCGUGUUAAGAUUGCGUUGGGGUACCAUGACAUCUUUUUCACAUCUGCAGCAUGUUAAAGGCAGACGACAUGUAACACACAAUGUUCAACCGAGAGAGAGAGAGAGAGAGAGAGAGAGAGAGAGAGAGAGAGAGAGAGAGAGAGAGAGAGAGAGAGGGAGACGGUGGGUGUGGACAACGACCCGCUUUAAAAUGAGUCUAAGAAUUGCGAAAGGGUCUGAACAAUCGCCCUUGUAAAAUAGUCAUUUAUGAAUGAGGAUCUGUCAUACGAGUGAAGUACGCCCAAGUCGAUACGAUCGCCUUUUGGGUGACAGUGGUGGCUGCUGUGACAUGGCCUGUCUAGUCCUAAUGAAGCCAAUGAACGGUG